AUGAAGGACAAUAUUGUACAGCUGAAUUGUAGAAGAGAAGAACUAGAUUAUUGUGUAGAGAGGGCAGUAAAAUCUCUACAGAAAGGUCAUAUAAUUGCCAUCCCCACCGACACAAUCUACGGCCUAGCCUGUUUAGCUCAGAACAAUGUGGCCAUUGAUAAGUUGUACACUAUAAAGUCUCGACAACUCAACAAACCCAUCUCGAUAUCAGUUGGAUGUGUUGAAGAUAUUUUUAAAUGGGCCAAUGUUACAGUUUCUAAAGCAUUGUUAAAUGACCUGCUGCCCGGACCAGUGACUGUGGUAUUUGAAAGGUCAACAAGUCUUAACAAUAGUUUAAAUCCCCAGACUCAACUGGUUGGUUUGCGGAUACCCCAGGACAAGUUCAUUCAGGACAUAUGCACUAAAUGUUCCAACCCAAUUGCACUGACAAGUGCUAAUAUAAGCUCUCACGAAAGUGCACUGAAUAUUCAGGAAUUUUCAGAACUCUGGCCUUCAAUAGAUUUAAUUUUUGAUGGCGGACCAAUAACAGCUAAUAAUUCAGAUAAGUCAGGAUCAACUGUUGUUGACUUGUCAAGGCCAGAUCAUUAUUUCAUUAUAAGGAGGGGGUGGUGA